UCGCUGGGACCCACCCGCCGCGGAGGCUGAGCCCGCCGACGGUCCCGGAGCUCGCCCACCUCCCCGCGCCCAGGCACAGGCGAAAGGAGAAGAAGGAGUCCUCCCUCCAGUCACCACUCUUCCUCACCCUCUUCAGAAAUUUGUUACGGUAGCGCUGCGGGAAGACGUCUUUCUGAAUUCCCGGUCGGGGCGGGGUCUGCCGCUGCCCUGCGGUGCCGCCCCGGCGACCCUGCUCUCUGCUACGACCCCUGACCGACGGGGUCGCGUCCGGGAGACGGGAUCAUGAAGCGCUCGGUGGCCGCUUGGCUCCUGUUCGGGCUCAGCCUCGGGAUCCCCCAGUUCUGCAAAGGUGAUAUUUGUAAUCCUAAUCCAUGUGAAAAUGGAGGUAUCUGUUUGUCAGGAUUGUCCGACGAUUCCUUUUCCUGCGAGUGUCCAGAUGGCUUCACAGAUCCCAACUGUUCUAGUGUUGUGGAGGUUGCAUCAGAAGAAGAAGAGCCAAGUUCAGCAGGUCCCUGCGUUCCUAACCCAUGCCAUAAUGGAGGAACCUGUGAAAUAAGUGAAGCAUACCGAGGGGACACAUUCAUAGGUUAUGUUUGUAAAUGUCCCCGAGGAUUUAAUGGGAUCCACUGCCAGCACAAUAUAAAUGAAUGUGAAGCUGAGCCUUGCAAAAAUGGUGGAAUAUGUACAGACCUUGUUGCUAACUAUUCCUGUGAGUGCCCAGGUGAAUUCAUGGGAAGAAAUUGUCAAUACAAAUGUUCAGGUCCAUUGGGAAUUGAAGGUGGAAUCAUAUCAAAUCAGCAAAUCACAGCUUCAUCUACUCACCGAGCUCUUUUCGGACUCCAGAAAUGGUAUCCAUACUAUGCACGUCUUAACAAGAAGGGGCUUAUAAAUGCAUGGACAGCUGCAGAAAAUGACAGAUGGCCAUGGAUUCAGAUAAAUUUACAAAGAAAGAUGAGAGUUACUGGUGUGAUAACACAAGGAGCCAAGAGGAUUGGAAGCCCAGAAUAUAUAAAAUCAUACAAAAUUGCCUAUAGUAAUGAUGGAAAGACCUGGGCAAUGUACAAAGUAAAAGGCACCAGUGAAGACAUGGUGUUCCGUGGAAAUGUUGAUAACAACACACCUUAUGCUAACUCUUUCACACCACCCAUUAAAGCUCAGUAUGUAAGACUCUAUCCCCAAGUUUGUCGAAGACAUUGCACUUUGAGAAUGGAACUUCUUGGAUGUGAAUUAUCAGGCUGUUCUGAGCCACUGGGGAUGAAAUCAGGACACAUACAAGAUCAUCAGAUCACUGCCUCCAGCGUCUUCAGAACUCUCAACAUGGACAUGUUCACAUGGGAACCGAGGAAAGCGCGGCUGGACAAGCAGGGCAAAGUGAAUGCUUGGACCUCCGGCCACAAUGACCAGUCACAAUGGUUACAGGUAGAUCUUCUGGUCCCUACUAAAGUGACUGGCAUCAUUACACAAGGAGCUAAAGAUUUUGGCCAUGUACAGUUUGUAGGCUCCUACAAACUAGCUUACAGCAAUGAUGGAGAACAUUGGACUGUAUACCAGGAUGAAAAGCAAAGAAAAGAUAAGGUUUUCCAGGGUAAUUUUGACAAUGAUACCCACAGGAAAAAUGUCAUCGACCCUCCCAUCUAUGCCCGGCACAUCAGAAUCCUCCCCUGGUCCUGGUACGGAAGGAUCACGCUGCGAUCGGAACUCCUGGGCUGCACAGAGGAGGAAUGAGGCGACCCCACUCCCAAUGCCCCUCUUCUCUCUUUUCCUAAAAGUAUCUCCAUGGAAUGAACUGUGCAAAAUCUGUAGGAAAGUGUACAUGAAAAAGUGCUCAAAUUACGGUAGGCGACAAACUGUCUUUUUAAGGAUGUCUAAGCCUGCCUUUUCAUUGACUUAAUUUGAUUUUUAUCACUUCAAUUUCUUAAGCCACAUAACAUUCACUGUGAAUUACUUUUCUCAUUGUCUUUUGAAUCACUCACACUGGUUGAAAUAUACUAGAGAAAGACAGUAGCGCUCUUUUGAUAGCAAAGGUGAGAAGACCUCAUAGUUAUCAAACAAAAGCAAAAUUGAUAGAGCUUUUAUAAUCAAUACUCAACUGAUUCUUACAACAGGAAUACUGCAAUGUGAGCAAUAAGGGUUUUUUUCCUCAGUAAUGAUUCUACAUUGUCCUAAUUGUUUCCCUGUGCCUACCAAACACUGUCAGUGUUCAUAAAAGCCUUCUGAAGAGGAAUCUAACACGCAGUACUGAUUGUUUUAAUUUUCCUCUUACUUUCAUUAUUUUAAUCAGCGAUUGUGAUCUUUCUUCCUUUUUGUUCUAUUCCAUAUGCUUUAUAUUGUAUAUUGCCUGAAUAAGUCCAUAUUUUUCCAAUUGCGUUUUCUAUUAUUUGCCUAAAAGAAGUAUCAUGUUUGUUUACAUAUAUAUAUACAUAUAUAUACAUGGAAAAUGAUUGAAUAUCAGUAGAUUGAUCAUAUUUAAUAUCAGUAGAUUGAAUCUGUAAUUCUAUUUUUGAAGAAAGCUAUAACUAUUUAAUUUCCAAAUAAUUCCUUUGUAAAGAACCCAAUACUACCAUUUUGCAAAAUAAACAACAAAAUUGUAUUAUGUCCCUUUAAAAUGAAAUUUAAAUCUUUGUUUUGACAGUAUUUCCGCAGCUUUAUCUUUAUGUUAAGAUAAUAGAAUAAUGAAUUCUUUGUUUGUCUAUUUAAAAAUAUUUUAAGCAAAUAUUAACAUAGCACUGCAUAGCUUGGCUAAACAUACUCAUCAUUUCUUUGUUCAUCUCUGCAUUUUCUGGGAAACUAACAUUUUAUUGAGAUUCAAACUGGUAGUGGUUUCCCAGGAAAGCACACUGUAUAGUUAUUUGUGAGAAGAAAAGUAUUUACUAAUGACAAAGUAGUAAACCAUUUUCAAGAUGAAAAUUGAUUUCUAUUUAUUUUACUUCAAAGGCCCUGAAAAAAUAAGCAAUUAUCCUAACAAUUUGUUAUUGAUAAUGGAGGUUUCAUUGACAUGUCUCUCAAAUUAAAGCUCACACUGCCUCCAUAAAAAUCCUCAACAUCUAAUUUAUAAGCUUUACAAGUAUUUAUUUUAUAAGGCUUAGACACAGAUUAUUGGAGUUUUAAAUUAAGGGUCCUGGAAAAGAAAGUAUGGUAUGUGUAUGAAGUGUUGGGUUCCUGUGCAACAUUGCGAAGUUUUUUUCUUCCCCUUUAUUAUUUGUGCUGCAUAACAAAAGCCACGAGACUGUUACUGUCAUGUCUGUCCAUGUGUUAACAGCAUUUAUGUAUAUAUGGAGUGGUCUUCAAUCAUAGUAAAGAAUUUAAAGAGAAAGUCAAUCACAAAGCAUUUUUAAUAAGAGCAAAAUUAGGACUGACUGACCACGUGUUUGUCCUACGGCCACAUUUCUACUUCAGGUUUGUAUUAUGAAAUUGUUGCUUUGAAGUCUCUGAAAUGGUGGUCAUUUCUCAGCAUCUUUCACAAACAAAACUGCUAUGUCCUCAAUGUUGCCUUUUUGUUAGAUAACCUUAACAUUAGGAAUUUAUAUGUUUUUAGUUCGCUAAAUUUUAAAGUCAUUUUACAAAUAACUACUUAGGUCCAAAAGUACUCACUGUUUAACCAGUGGUCCUUAUUUUUUUAAAGAUGCAUUGUCUUACCAAAUCUCUACCCAUUUUCCUUUGUAGAUUAUGCACAAUUCUUCUUAACAGAGUAUGCUCUAAAAAUUGUGAGUAAUGUUUUGUAAUGAUUUACUUUCUCAAAAUUGCUCAUGGCUUUUUACGAUGUUUUUAAUUUUAUCCUGAUAGUUUUUAAAAAAAUAUUUUCAAGGGAGUUUUCUAAAACUAUAUUUGUUAUGUUUUAGAAAUCCAUUGAAAUAGCCUUCUUUUGCUUGUGCAUUUUCACUCUGCUCUACAUGCUCCUCACCAACAUGGCAUAGCCAAUGGGAUGUCCAUUUGUCUCACGAUGCCCAAAAUUCACGACAACAAAGGGAUUCCCACAUGUGGUAGUGUUGAUAAUUAUUAUGAAGUAGGAUGUAGCUUUUGAGUCACUUUUGUCAAUGACAUCAAAGAGAAGCAAACUUACUCUAUUUAAAUUCACACUGAAACAAGUGCAAUCUUGUAAGUAGAGCACACAGAAGAACCACCUAGUCUUCACCAUAUUGUGUCUAUAAUAUGCUACUUUUAUAAUCUGUGGAAUUCAAAUCUUAAAUAUCUCCAUUUUAUCUAUGUCCUAUUAAAAGCAUUUAUCAUAACUACUAAUUCUAAUUUCAGGGUUGACUUUCUCUUUCUGAAUGGCUUCAUAAGGAUUGGUGUGAAUUUUGAAGACUUAGGGUACUAAUGAUUGUAUCUUUGCAAGUCAACAAAUUAUGAAAUAUAAUAUGCUGGCAUCUGAUGUGUCAUUAAAUACAGAAAUAUCGAAGACACAAAUAACCUUUGCAAAAUUUCAAGCUGUGUAAUACUCCAAUGUUUUUUUUCUUUGUAUAUAUAUAUACUUAAAUCAUGUAGGAUGUUGUAAAAUUAGUAUGACCUUGUCUAGUCUUCAAACUUAAAAUAAAACUUUUGAAAAUCUGG